UUAUAUGCGUCGCUGACAGCGAAUUGUAACUACAGUAAUGGACGUAGUUCAACGUUAAAAAGUUCAAUUAUGUACCCCACAGCGUUGUCAGUUUUUUCUUUCUUUCUAUUGUUCAGUUAGAAGUCCUGUUUAAUCUUUUGUGGAAGUGAGUGAAUUUAAUGGCGGUGGCUCUCGUCGAUUAGCCUAUGUUGUCGAUAGUGAGCCAAAUCGAAGUAUUGACAACAUGACUCUACCAGCUUUGCACAACACCGGCGUGCUUUACAGAAGGAUUUUAUCACAAUUCCCCCAGGAUAUCAGUUUAGCGUUUGCCUAUGGAUCUGGCGUUUUCAAACAGCAAGGAACCAGCCAAGGUCAAAUGGAGAAAAAUAUGCUCGAUUUUGUGUUUGCGGUGGAUGAUCCAGUCACUUGGCACACCAUGAAUUUGCUGCAGAACCGUAAACACUACUCCAUCCUUAAACUACUGGGGCCCGCCAUGAUCAGCUCCAUACAGAGUGACCACGGGGCUGCUAUGUACUACAACACGCUGGUGCCCGUGGACGGGCGGAUCAUCAAAUAUGGCGUGAUUAGUACUGAGUGUCUAAUUGAUGACCUCAUGCACUGGAAAACCAUGUAUGCUGCAGGACGGCUUCACAAACCGGUGAAAUUGCUGGUGCAGGGUGACAACGGGAAGCUACGUGCCGCUCUGGUGGCUAACCUCAAGAGCGCUGUGACGGCCUCAUUCCUUAUGCUGCCCGAAAGUUUCAGCGAGGAGGAGCUUUUCUUGCAGAUAGCUGGUCUUUCUUACGCCGGUGAUUUCAGGAUGGUGAUUGGAGAAGAUAAAUCCAAGGUGACCAAUAUUGUCAAUGACAACAUGGAGCACUUCCGGAUUCUCUACAGCAACAUCUUACGGGAUUGCCCACAAGUAGUUUACAAGCCCCAACAAGGAAAAUUGGAGGUCGACAAAAGCCCAGAGGGCCAGUUUGUCCAGCUUAUGGCGCUGCCUCGCAUUCUGCAGCAGAGGAUCACCAAGCUGGUGGAUCCCCCUGGGAAAAACAGGGACGUGGAGGAGAUCCUAUUGCAGAUGGCCCAGGACCCUGACUGUGGAGCAGUUGUGCAGCAAGGUAUCUCCUCUAUUGUGAAAUCAUCUAGUAUAACGCAGAGUAUUAAAGGCAUCGCCACUGCCGGAAUGUGGAAGACCGUGUCGUAUAGCUCGAAGAAACUGCUAAAGAUGUGGAAGGGCUGGAGGAGGAAAACGGCAGUUUCCCAGACCUCCUGAUCCACAUUUGUCUGUGGAAUCUGUCAAUCACCCUUUUGUUUUAAAGCAUGAUGAACUGGACUUGAACAUUCACACGCAAUCUCCUCACAUUGGGGCUCAUUCAUUGAUUUGUAAUCUGUAAACCGCACACCCUAAUUCCCUUUUAAAGGACCUCCUGACA